GGGCGGAGAGUGCCUGCUGGUGGUGGCCGAGGUGCUGUCUGGUGGAGGCGUGGAGUUGUCGGCUGCAGCCUCCGGGGUGGGAUGAACCCCGCUCCCGGCGGAGGCAGGGGAGUCGAGCCGGAGCCAUGGCCACUACAGUGGUAGCAGUUGGACUGACCAUUGCUGCUGCAGGAUUUGCAGGCCGUUAUGUUUUGCAAGCUAUGAAGCAUAUGGAGCCUCAAGUAAAACAAGCUUUUCAAAGUCUGCCAAAAUCUGCCUUCAGUGGUGGCUAUUACAGAGGUGGGUUUGAACCCAAAAUGACAAAACGGGAAGCAGCAUUAAUACUGGGUGUAAGCCCUACUGCCAAUAAAGGAAAAAUAAGAGAUGCUCAUCGACGAAUUAUGCUUUUAAAUCACCCAGACAAGGGAGGAUCUCCUUACAUAGCAGCCAAAAUCAAUGAAGCUAAAGAUUUACUGGAAGGUCAAGCUAAAAAAUGAAGUAAAUUUAUGAUGAAUUUUAAGUUCUUGUUAGUUUAUGUAUAUGAGUACCAGCUUUUUAUAAUAAAAUGCCUCAAAGCUACAACUUUUAAAAAUGAUUCACCAUAAGCUAAAUCAAAGCCUUGGUAUGAGAGAUUAAUACUCAGUAAUUAUGGGUAAAUACCAUGAGUAGAAAUAUUGUUCAUUGCUCAUUUAGCAAAUAAUUUGGUACCUACUUCAAUGCAAAGUGAACAGGACAGUCUCUGCUCUCAAGGAGCCCCCAAUCUCAUGGGAGACUGAUAAACUGGUAAUUCACGUACAAUAUGUGAUAAAUAUUAUGAUAGAAUUAGCAUAGGCUGUUACAGUACGGACUCAUCUCAUUGGGAGGAAAGGCUGUUUAGGUACAAAACUGGCCCAGCUGUUGGAAUUUAAGUGAAUUUAGCCAGCACUUUGACCUAAGAAAUUGGUCUAGGUAUGUAUAUAUCCCUGACAGAAUUCAGAUUUCAUACAUUAAAAACUGUAACAGUAUGAUAAAA